GGAUGCCAAUAAUCAUACCGAUAAUCCGACCUCUGUCAUGAAAAUAUUCACCUAGCGAGAGUGCUUAUUCGAUUAAAUAAUCCUAUUACUUAAUCAAUGAUUUCAUUUAGUGUUUGUGCGGUCAAGUUUAUGCCAACAUCUGGGCGAGCGUGAUUAUGGGGAGUUUCAAUUUCGGAUGCGUUCGUCAAGGGAACUGCAGAACUACAGUAAUGAGCACCUUGUGAGGAGCCACACCACUUUCUGCUUUCAUUUCGGGUGUCCUCAUAACUUGAAGCGAGCCACUCUCAUGAAAGGGCAAAUCAAGUAAAGAGAUAAAGAAACCUGUUCUGCCCCCAUUUGUGCCUGUUCGUACAAGCUGAAAACACAGCCACUCACAGUACCAAAAGCUUCGGAUACACUGUAACAUGACACUGUACAGGGAUUGCUCACGCGACUUGGCUUUCAAAAUCCAAGUCCAAUAGUACUGGAGCCAAGUGAGUCGCGAGCUCAGACUCUACUCAUCGUAUCUGCGUUUGUGAAAUGUUGAGGACGAAAAUGAAAGCCUUUUUGGCAAAGCUUCAUCGACCGGGAGGGUCUCGUGCCCCUGUGCAGGACCGCGAUGCGCGUGACGUUUUCGCCGGCCUGCCGUUUGAGCUCCAUGUGCUGAUCAUCGACUACCUAGAGCCGAGAGACAUAGACGCGGCCCUCAACGCUAGUCGCGUGCUGCGACUAAUUUGGCUGAGCGAUGAGAUGUGGCCCGCUCUAGCUGAUCGUUGGUUUCCGGGACUGGCCCAGCAAAUCCGUCUGGCGGAUCUUGAUGAGUCGGUGAGAAGUGAGGUUUUUCGUCGGAGCCUUCAUCGCUUGUCAAAGCGGAUCGCUGGCAAGUUCAACGCAGCCAUGCACUAUGGUUUCGGUCUUGCAUCAGAUGAGUUCUUUCAUUUCAGCAAGAAUGUUCCCGUCAAUGAGGGAGGUGUCCAUUCCUACGACAGCGUGGAGAAUCUAGAGAUAGAUGAUGCGCAGCGGUUCUCUCGCUUCUUGAUGUAUCGCGACGGCCGUGUGGCUUGGUUUCCCGAAGGAUAUAGCAUGCCAUAUCUCGCUGUUGUCGAUGACCUGCGAUCAAGGACAAGAAAGGUGUACCUAUUUCCUGAUUACGGCGAGUCGAUACGUGGGUACAAGACAGCUAUGUCCCAGAAGCUUUUUAUGAUGGGCCAUAACACUAUGCUGCAUGUCUGGCACCUGGAGCUCAAUCGUAUGGAGAGUAUUGAACUGCCCGAAAACUUCCAACGUUGUAUUACAGAAGGUGAAAGGGUAUUGGUGGUUUGUCAAAGUUCCGAUCUAUAUCUAUGGACUUUUGGCGGCAAGCUGGUAUAUGUUGAUAUGAAUAAGCUUUCUUGCUAUCCGCGGGAGUUUGUUGUUUUGGGCGGACCCCCUGUUUGGACUCCAAGAAUCUGGCUCUCCUCUCAGCAAGGCUUGCAUCUCAGGAAUAGCCAACUGCUCAUUGACUUCAUUCUCUCGCCUGCUCUCAGCAACGUCUUUUUUGCGAUCACCCUAGCUUUGGAUGAAUCUGGGAAGCUGGCGGUGUAUGAGAUAUGCGACGGGGAGAUAGCAGCGACGUACGUGAUGAAGGAACGCAUCUACUCUGAUCCGAGGACAAGUGAAAGGGGGCUUCUGAGAUGGGAGAAGCUGAAUUCUUAUGGAGGCUACUGUCUAGUCCAAGUUAUUCAGGAGCCGUUGACCGCAAUCGAUGCUGCAGAUGAAGAAGUUUGCCCAUGCGGUCGGAAGUCUCGACAACUUGUGUCGUUAUGUUUCAACAUCUACACGAAAACAUUCACCGUUCUUCGACACCACCUUAGUGAGCUAAGCCCUUGGAUUUCACAUGUUUGGAAUGACAGACUAUUCAUAAUGGAUGAUCAAUUUCAUAGACGACAGGCUGGGCUGAAUCGAAGGCCCGUUAUGUCGCUCGCCCCUUGCAUUGAGGCUGAUACACGUCGGGAGACAGCCAACCCUAUCGUUAUGUACACUACGAUGCAUGAGAACACACCACUCAUCUACCGCCGACACCAAGUGUCCUUUGAUGCUGGGGAAAUGGGCGAAAAACUUAAUAUUGAGCUUGGGCUUGAUGUCCUGCAGGAGUUCUCGCCAAGCCCAACUUGGAAGGAGGCUUUCAUCCCUUCUCCCUCCGAGAUAAACCCUGGGCGGCUGGUAGGCGAUGAUGACUUCUUCAUUUUCGUCAACUCGCCUAGUUAUACCCUCCUCAGCUUCGGGGAGGGGUUUCCACCAAAGCAGCCUCUUGCGAACGAGACCAAAUAUUGGUGGAGGAAGUCUAGAGUGAAGGAUGGCACGAAAUGAAGUUGUUGUUGAGGCAGAUGUCCCUUGCUUAAUCAAUCCAGAUAAAUGGCCUAGCAUUAACCGGCGAGCUAGAUUGGGUUUAGCGUUAACAUUAGCGCUUCGGUAUGAUUCGACGCCGUU